GAAAAAUAAGUUUCAUAAAUUUUAAUUAUAAGUUUUCAAAAUAUAAAAUGACGAAGAUAAUUUACACAAUUUGGGCACUUGUAUUAAACUCUAUGGGUAUUUCAAUAUUCAAAACCUGUUUUGUUGAUGCACUUGAAGAUGAAUAUGGAGAUAAUUUUCUAUCCGGACCUCCGAUAACCUCUUUUAUCUUUGCUCUUGGUGUAUAUACAAUAAUAACCAAUCUUAACAUAUAUCCUGCAUAUUUUCGAAACCCGAUCACUAUAUUAAUGAGUCUUUACGAAUUUCUAGUAACAUCAUUUUUAUUAGACUUUUGUAUAGCCUGUAUCUGGACGCCUAUUGAUUUUCAUAUUUAUAUAACAUUGACUAAAACUCUACGUAGGAUUCUUUUGUGUUUUGGAAUGAAUGAGGCAGCGGCAUGGAUACUAUAUAAUAAAUUUCCUAUGGCAAUUCUUUGUUUUAUAAUAUCGAUAGGAUUUUUCCUGAUCACAUUGCACAUUACAAGAUCUGUAGAUUUUAGUAUGUAUACUGACUAUGGCAUAUGUUGCUUCAUUGGUUAUUUAAAGAAUAAGCUGAUAAAAAGAAUAGCCUGUGAAUUACCAAGAUUAUGUGAAGUUCAGUGUAGUGGAUGUAAAAGUCAAAAACGAACUAGAGGUCGAAAGCGAAGUCGAAGGAAUAUAAAUAAUCGUUAUGAAAAUGAUUAAAUUAAAACUAA